AUGAAUCAAACUCCACAAUUAUGUAUUUACCUACAACACCCAAUUUGUCAAAUUAUUCACUCAACCGCAACUCAAUUUCAUAUUCACAAAGCAUUACAAAAGUAUGAAAAUCUUUCUCAUCGUAUUUUCCUUUCAGUACUGUUUGCUUAUUGCAAUACUUUCUUUAGUGGAAUUAUUUUUGAUUAUCAAGUUAAUACUAGCUUAUAUAUUAUGGUUGUUCAUACAUCAAUAGCUUUUAUUCUUGAAUCAAACGUUAUUUUUUCUUUAUUACAGAGGUAUAUUUUAAUAGAUGACAUGUGUUUAGCUGUUAAGGCGAUGAGGGCAGGGUGUUCUGCUUUUUUAAGUUUCUCAGAAAAACAUUUCUCUGGAAGUCAUUUUCUUAUUUGUGCAGUUUAUGCAUUAUUUAAAAGUCAUGGAUCAGAUGUGUAUGGGUUAAUAAUAAGGUAUUGUCUUGGUAUUCCUGUUAAACCAUUUAGGUUAUUCAUCCCCAUGAGUUUUAUUAAUGAAAUUCCAUUCCUUAUUGUUCUUCAUUUUACUAUUCCAUAUAUGAAUAAUAUUCACAAAACAUUAUUUAUCAUUACUUUUGAUAUAACCACCAUCAUAAAUAUUGUUUUAUCAAAUCAUACUGAAAAAUCAAUGCAAGACUAUGCUUUAGAUUACUUGGUUAAAGUAUUAAAACAUUAUAAAAAAAAUUAA